CGCGCGGGGACAAGCUACCAGUUAGUGUAUCCUUGAAGUAAAUAUCCACGACAUGAUUCCGUUGAAUAAUUGGACUACGUGGGCUAUUUGGAUGGUGGUAUCUUCCAGCUCCAUGACAGUCAAAUGCUCAGGCUCGACCCACACUGCUGCGCAUUGUCCUAAAAGAGCAACAUACGGUUUAAGUGACAGUGCCCAAACUUUCAUUGACUGUGUCACAGCAACUAAUGGAGGUGUCUGUGAAGAAGUCAGUUUGACGUCAGUGAAAGACAAGGUAUCGGAGCCGUUACUGCCGGCACUCACACCCAGCCUGUUCUCCAAUGUCCCACCCUACAUCAACUUUAUAAUGCCUGGACAACGGAAAGAACCAUUGCCGGAUAAUAUAAGUCGCCGUCUACUUUGGUAUGACGGGGGUUCCCCUCUAGUCGCUGCAACGGCCAUCAGAUCCGGCUACUCCCUGACUAAAGAUUUUGCCAUGGCGGUUGGAUAUUACGUAGGAUGUUUUCAGCCCAGUGAAGUAUACAAGUUUCAGAACUUCAGACCCAGUCAAAAGUAUAAUCACUUCCCAGGCAGUUGGAGUAUUGGUUGCAAGGACAGACUAGAGCUCGCUGUGCGCAAAAUGAAGAAAGCACACGGCAGAAAGAAGUUUGAUUUUCUCCCACCGACCUUUAUCCUUCCAGAGGAAACCAACCUACUCAAGAAAGCAUGGAAUAGCAAUCCAAAUGGCAAUCUUUGGAUACUUAAACCGCCAUGCUUUCACGGAGGAAGAGGCAUUGAAGUGAUACGGCGACAGGAACAGAUUCCUGCCAACGCUAGGCUUAUGGUACAGAGAUAUAUAUCCAACCCUUACCUCAUAGAUGGGCAUAAGUUUGACAUGAGGAUCUACGUCUACGUUCCCAGUAUAAACCCGCUAAGAGUUUACCUGUACCCUGAUGGUGUGGUCAAGUUUGCUACCAAAAAGUUUACAACGGACGACCUUGACAGUAUGGUCCACCUCACCAAUAUCGAGGUAAACGCCAAGAAUCCGGCAUAUACCUUGGAUUAUUCGCUGAAAACAGGGCACAAAUGGUCGCUUAAUGUAUUGAAAGAAUACCUUAGAACAAACAACGGGACUGACUGGAUGCCAAUAUGGGAGAAUAUCAAAGAUAUCGUACUUAAGACGAUUAUCAGCGGGGAGCCUGAGAUAUGGGAGGGAGUGCGGAAAUACCUGCAGAGCAAAUACAGCGGGCAUGAACUGUUCGGCUUUGAUAUACUUCUGGACAAUAACAUGAAGCCUUGGGUCUUGGAGGUCAACAAAUCACCUGGCCUAUACCCACACUCCGGUCACUUCCGCCCAGUAAAUGACCCCAUGGCCAAGGAUAUGCUGAAUUUGGCCGGGUUCAGAAUUCCUGGUAAUGAAGAAACAGACCACGGGAAUGAAAUUACAAGUGGGUCUGACGUUCCUGACCACUUACUGCUGGACAAACGCUGGUGGUCACAAACAUUGUCUGGCGAAGAGAAAGCAAAACAGAAAUAUUAUUGUGAUAACUACAAGAACGAGACGAUUCUGUCCACUAUCCUGGACAAUCUGACACCGAAUGACAUCCGGAUCCUCGUUGACACGAUAGACGAGAACAGCAGGCGGGGAGGCUUCGACAGGAUCUUCCCAAGAGUAGACACAGACAAAUAUUUCCGGUUCUUCCAAAAGCCGAGGUACUGCAAUAUUCUUAUUCACCAGUGGUUGAAACGAUUCCAUAAAAACGAAACAGAAGGUAUAUCUCUGGUGGAAGCUCAUUGUAAAGAGCUAAAGCACCUAACAGACCAAAACUGA